AGGCAUCGCAUCGGUCGAUAUAUAUCCGUGUCCAUAUGCAAAUAUAUAUGUUUUUUCCUUUCCUGUGAUAUAUACGAUCACACGACACCGCUUCCGUCCUCUUCGAUCUCCAGAAGCCCCGCGAGUAAAGGAUUCAAUCCCCUCCCCACCCUCCACCUCGCCGCCGCCGCCGCCGCCCCCUCCGUCUCCGCUCGAGCUUGUCAGUCCGCCUCGUCCUCCUCCUUCGGUUCUGCCCGCCCGUCGACCAGAUUGAUUCUCUCUUCUUCUUCGUCGUCGUCUUCUUGGUCUGCCGCUGCCGCUUGGAAUCCCAAGGCCUUGGUUGAUCAAUCCUGUGACCCUGGAAGAAGAUCGAAGGGCGUCGCGUGGUGACAUGAUGUGGUGCAGGUGAUGGUGAGCGUGCAGCAGAGCCCCAUGGUGCGGUCGGAGGAGGACCUGGGCCCGCCGUGGCUGCGGCCGCUGCUGGGCACGAGCUUCUUCGUGCCAUGCCCGGCGCACCCGGACCUGAGCAAGAACGAGUGCAACUUCUUCUGCCUCGGCUGCAACCACGCCGCCGGCGCGCUCUGCUCCUACUGCGUCCCCGCGCACCGCGACCACCACGUCGUCCAGAUACGGCGUUCGUCGUACCACAACGUGAUCCGGGUGUCGGAGGUGGGGAAGCUGAUCGACAUCGCGCACGUGCAGACGUACGUGAUCAACAGCGCCAAGAUCGUGUUCCUCAACGGCCGGCCGCAGGCCAGGCCCGGCAAGGGCGUCACCAACACCUGUGAGAUUUGCUGCCGCAGCCUCCCGGACUCGUUCCGCUUCUGCUCCCUCGGAUGCAAGCUCGGGGGGAUGCAGUGGGACCCGACCCUGACAUUUGCCAUCCGGCCCAAGCGUAGCCAGGACUCCGGCGGAGAAGGGUACGGCUCCGAGGACGACUCGUUCAGCCCGAGGAAGCAGCUCCGGAGGGCCGGGUUCGAGCUGGGACGGUUCGACCGGAGCGUCCGGUGGUCUGACGACGAGGGCAGCAAGUCCAACACCCGGCCGAUGACACCAACCACGCCGCCGAUCAGCCGGUGCCGGCCGUCCAGGAGGAAGGGCAUCCCCCACCGUGCCCCGUUCUACGGUUAGACUACCGGUGGAAACCACUCUCAAAAGUGACAAUGCUACUACUAGUAUUGCAAUGCAAUGUGUGUCGGUUGGGACUUGGGCCUGAGUAGUGAAGUGAUCCAGUUAGUAGAUCACUAGCUAGGUAUUAGCUAUAGCAUGCAUGGUAUAUAUACUUGUAUAUAUAUACAUAUACAUACACACAAUAAUGUAGGUGGAGUGUGUGUAAAUAUGAUAUGUUGGCAAAGGUUGCCAAUUCGCAUAAGGGCAUGCAUGGGGGCAUGGCGCGGUGCCCUAGUAUUUCAUGCAGAAAAUAAGGUGAAGAACGACGAAGAAAGGGGUGGUAAGAAACACAGCUAAUAGAAACAUAGCUAGGGUUUUUAGCUUGGGUAGGGUCGAGAUUGAUAUGUGAAAAGUGAUAAAUCAUCAUGUAUAUGUCUCGGUUUGUAGUGGUUAAUUUGGCUGUCUACCCCACCCAAUGUGUUUAUUAGCGUUGCGGUGUGUAGUUAAUUCAAGGUUCGGCAACUUACAGGAACAUAAUAAUUUGUAUAUACAGUUAUAUUGGUAUUGGCAGAAGAAAGAUAAGGACUUUGCCUCAA